AUGGACUGGUUACAUCUCUACAUCGGCGGAGCUGCGCUCCUGGUAUUUGCCCUCGUUGCAUUGGUCCUCCUCAUUUCGUUCCAGCAAGUCAAGGUAAACAUGGACCAGGGUCCAUUGACUUACGUGAAAUUUAUCUACGCGAACUUCCUGAAGCCUCACGACAAGUCCGGAUCGGGUCAACAGGAUGCGCUGGAGAGCUUCUACAGAACACAGGCCACUGUCUACGAUGCGACUCGUCGCCGUCUUCUCCAAGGUCGCGAGGAUAUGCUGGGUCUCGUGGCGGCGCAGUUAAAGCAUAAGGUUGAGAGCAAAGAGAUCAAGGCUGGAAAGGCAGUCUGGGUGGAUGUCGGCGGCGGCACUGGAUACAAUGUCGAGGCCAUGUCAGCUUUCGUUCCCGUGGAAAAGUUCUUCGAUCAAGUCUACAUUGUGGAUCUCUCGCCCUCGCUCUGUGAUGUUGCUCGCAAACGCUUUGAGCGCCUUGGAUGGAAGAACGUCACUGUCCUUUGCCAGGAUGCCCGAUCUUUCCAGCUGCCCGAGCGACAAGCCGAACCGCGGAAGAGUGCUGCUACAACCGAUCGCGCCGACGUGAUCACCAUGAGCUACAGUCUUUCCAUGAUUCCAGACUACUACAGUGUUGUGGACUCUUUGACCUCGCGCCUCACUCCUACUGGUGUUCUCGGUGUUUGCGACUUCUAUGUUCAAAGCAUCGUGGAUGUGUCCUCCCGCAACUACACUGGUGGUGCCUUCAACCGUCACGUUAACUGGCUCGGCCGUGUCUUCUGGCGCGCAUGGUUCGAUUUUGACCGUGUUAGUCUGGAAGCUGCUCGUCGUGACUACCUUGAGUACAAGUUCGGAACCGUGAUCUCGGCCAGCGACCGCAAUUAUCUUCUAGGUGGUAUUCCCUACUACAUCUUUGUUGGUUGCCCUAAAGAGAUCGCUGCCACCCCGUCCAGCCAAGCUGCCAUCGAGAAGCUCGAUGCCUCGUUCACCGAGUCUCCUUACCUGUCCCCUGCAAACCACCAGUCGGAAAUCAGCCAGGCCGUCGAGCAGAGCACUAGCGAGAUUCGCUCAAAGGCCUACGAGUCUGCUGUUAUCAACCUCAGUGCGAACCUGCCUCUCCCAUCUUCUUUCUACCAGAACCACCACUACCGAAUCCACUACAACGACAUGCUCCCAAAGCACACCCAGUUCCAAAAUGAGUACAUCUAUGCCUUCACCUGGGAAGACCCGCGUGUCGACCACCGCCUUUUGAACAUUGGUCCCGACGAUGUGAUCCUGGCUAUCACUAGUGCUGGUGACAACAUCCUCGACUACCUCCAGAAGAAUCCCCGACGUGUGCAUGCGGUUGACUUGAACCCUAACCAGAAUCAUCUCCUGGAGCUGAAGGUAGCCAGCUACCUUGCCCUGGGCCACCGCGACACAUGGAAGAUAUUCGGCGAGGGCAAGCACCCCCAGUUCCGCGAGCUGCUUAUCUCCAAAAUGAGUCCUCACCUGUCUAGCCAGGCAUUCCAGUACUGGCUCGAGCACAGCCAUGUUUUCACAUCCAAGUCUGGAGCCGGUCUCUAUGAGACCGGUGGCUCACGCCACGCCAUUCGCAUGGUUCGUUACCUUGCUAAGAUGUUUGGACUGGAAGGCGAGAUCCGCAAGAUGUGCGAGGCACAGACCCUGGCAGAGCAGCGUGAAAUUUGGCCGCGUGUCCGCAAGAUUCUCCUCAGCAAGCCGUUGAAUUGGGCCGUCGUGAGCACCGAGUGGUUCGCGUGGAAGGCUGCCGGUGUGCCCCGUAACCAGCGCAAUAUGAUUGUGGAUGACUUCUUCAAGCGUAACGGAUUGAACUCCGACAUGAAGCAGAGCAAGGAUGUCAGCGGCCAGUCGAUCUGGGAAUAUGUCGUGGACACUCUUGAUCCCGUGGUCAAGGACACCCUUCUCAGCAACGACAACUACUUCUACUACCUUUGCCUCCAGGGGAAGUUCUCGCGCAGAUGCCACCCGACUUACCUGUCUCCUCAAGCCCACGUCAAGCUUUCAACACCCGGUGCCUUCGAUGGUCUUCGCAUUCACACCGACGAAAUCAAUGAAGUGAUCAACCGCAUCAAGCCUGGUACAUUGACUAUCGCUGUGGUUAUGGACUCCAUGGACUGGUUCGACCCCACCGAAGACGCAGCAGCCGCUCAGGCCCGUCGUCUCAACCACGCUCUCAAGGUCGGCGGCCGUAUCCUCCUUCGUUCCGCCAGCAUCGAUCCCUGGUACAUCAAACACUUCGAGCAGAACGGUUUUACAGCUCGCCGUGUUGGCGCCCGCUUCCCCGGCACAUGCAUUGACCGUGUCAACAUGUAUGCCUCCACCUGGAUCUGCACAAAGCAGGAGGACGCCGUCCGUCCCAAGAACGGUCGUACAAUUUCCGCGCUCUCCCUCAGUGACAUCGCUGCCGCGACAGUGAAGCGCUCAACUAGCGUUGAGGACCUACAGAUCUAA